CCCACAAUUGACAGCAACUUCGCUCCGUCGAGUCUCCUCCCUGGUCGCUCCCUCAUCGUUUCGACAUCUCGAACGAAAUUCGAGAUUUCUUCUCGACUCUCCUUAUAAUUGCUGCCGGCACCUCACUCGAGCGGCGAGCCUGAUCUUGACACGCCCGACGAUCGGCUCUUGCAUGCAGCAGACGCUUGCAUGCCCGCUCUGAUGAGCAAUGCAAUAGACAGGCUUUCAUGCGUCCUAUUCAUCGCACUUGAUUGAGUCAAUACUCCCUCCUUCACUCGCCGGAAUUGCGAGCCGCCGCUGUUUCACCAUUCUCUCAUUUCGGCAGCAUUCGCCUGCCUCAAAACACAACACAACACAACAAAACACAAAACAACCCAAAAUAAAAGGAGGUAACCAUGGGCCUCGACGAAUUUCCCCGUCCGCCGAACCGUCGCGGUGUGGCUGCUCCGACCAGUCCCAAGCAGUACCAAUCUCGUAACCGUUACGAGAGCUACUCUCCUCCAUUGACCCCGCCGUCCAAUGCUAGAAAGCAGAAAUCGCCGCAGUCCUUGAGCGUGGAUGCUCGCCCGUCAUACCCCGAGACGUUUCUCGAAGACACGACGCCAGUCGAAUACAACGGCCGGCCGAGUGAGUCGGGCGACGAACCCGAUCCUCACGACCUGGCUCUGUCUCCAAAACAUGUCACGCGCACCUCGGUCGUGGACAACAUGCUUCUUUCUCUAGAUCAAUUCGUCCCAGGAUCGCCACUAUUCAGCGACACUCGCUUUUUCGGUGGUUCGCCUGAAGUAGAUCGUUAUAAUAACAGCCGAUUCCCCGACCAUCAUGGCCGUGCGAGAGGCCACACCUUCUCAUCAUCUGCCUCAUCUGCAGUAUAUGCGGAUGAUAUAUGUGAUUACCCUCAGGUUCCCCGUUCUAGUGGCCAUAGAAGCAACAGCGGCACUGCCAUUCAAUUCCCUCAGGGUCGCUAUGACAAUGCUCGCAAUGUGGAAAAUACCAGUCUUGCAUAUCGCUCAAGGAAUUACGAUUUCGCAGAGUCUCCUCGUGCUAGACAAGCCUAUUCAGGACAUUCGACCCAUCAGCAAAGCAAGGGCAGCGUUUCCAGUACCGACUACGACCCUACGAUCGGAGAGGACUUCAUUGAUUAUCAAGAACGGCAAUCUUCAAGUUUAGACUACGAUUCGAGCCCAGCAUAUCAUACUGAAUCGGGGACCGGCAUAAGACCUUCAACAGAUGAUCUUGACGCGGCGCCAACCCCUACUGUACCCCCUGGUCCUCGAAGAGAUCUGCUAUCCGAUAUGUCAGGAUUACCAGCCAAUUUCUCAGCACCACGAAAUCCAGUCAUAUCUCGUCGGAAUAGCAACAAAUCAGCCAAGAGUAUCGCCACUAGAAAAGGUCGUUCCGAGACGUUGGGAACUUCAACUAUCAAACAUCAAGAUCCGGCACCUCCUUUGCCUUCAACCCUCGUCGACCCAUCUGCCCCAAGUCCCACAGUAUCAUACCAGAAGCCGCCACCUCCGCCUGCUGAUUCUCCACAAGUGAAGGAAAAACCGGGUUUCUUUAGACGAGUGUUUGGUGGGUCCUCAAAAACGACUCCUGAUCCUACCCCGGCAGAAAGUCCCAAACAGCCGACAAAACCCAACACCCCACCAAGAAAACAGCCAGAGCAAGAUGUCGUUCAUCCUGUGGUGGCCAAGAAAGCGUCAUUCUUUCGGCGACGGAAGAAGUCAGUUGUUGAUCACAGCCCGCCGCCUCUGGUUCUUGCCCCUGGUACUCUGAAAGCACUCGAUAUCCAAGCAGAACCGAGCCCUGUAAGUAGUCUUCGCCAAGUGAUGGACCCAUAUUUGGCGGAUGGUACGCCUUCACCACACACAAAUUCCCACGAAGCAGACGAAGCACUAGAAAGCUUAUCUCUGGACAAACGUUUCGAUUCUGAGCAGCUCUUCUUGGGAGGUCUCCCACCUCGCAAUCCGUCUCGCUUGACACGUACCGCCGAUGGAUCGUCAAAGAAGGAUGGUUUGAAAGGCAAGCAUAGUCUUAACCUGAAAAUACCGUCGCAUGACCACGAUGGGACUUUCUUGGUCGAUAGUGGAAACGAAACUGGAAGUAAUUCCGACAGACAGCGUGGUGGACGACCAAAGACAAGCCCUGUCGCUCGUAGUCAUCGUGACGAAAACAGGUCCGGGAACACGUCAAGUAGCCUGGUGCCUCCGCCCGACAUCCAGUCCGGCAGCUUUCUCCAAGCCAAUUCGAGUCGUGGGUCUCUACGAGAAGAAUCUCCCGCUGACCCUAAUAUGUCUGUCUCGGAGAUCUCUCAAUACCAUACUGCUUCGAACUCGCCUUUAUCCGAAACUCCAGCCCCCCCUACGGAGAUGUCUGAUGACAAAACUGAUGAAUCUGUCGAGGAACCUGUCGAACCUGCCACAGAUCUGGCGAAUGACCCAAUCCCAGCUGCGGAUCGAGAGUUGGCUCGUAAACUGUUUGAGGAUCAUGAAGAGAUUAUUGGCAACGAACCCGCAGCGGCCUGGUUGGGAAGUGUCGACCGAGCCAAAGUUCGAAAAGCUUACAUGGAUUUCUUCAACUGGACGAAUAUGGACAUUCUCGCAGCAUUGCGAAGUCUAUGUACAAAAAUGGCACUAAAAGGAGAGACGCAGCAAGUGGACCGCGUACUAGACGCACUGUCUGCAAGGUGGUGUGAAUGCAACCCUAACCAUGGCUUCAAAGCUGUCGAUGUGGUGCACACUAUAUGCUACUCUCUUCUCUUACUGAAUACCGACUUGCAUCUUGCAGACAUUGAACAGAAGAUGACGAGGAGCCAGUUCGUUCGCAAUACCCUGCCCACGAUUUACAGAGUCGCAUCCGACGCUGCCCCUGAUGGGUUUGAGACUAUCCGCCCAGCUCCCAAACCUCGAGCGCCAGUGAGUGCAGCUAUAAAGUCGCCGACUCUUCCAUCAGGCGAAUUUACGCUUCCUAAUGAAGGCAACCUGAAGUCAAAACGAAGUUCUACCUUUGUUGACACUUCUGGGUCUUCUGGACCCCUGGUGAACACGCCGUUCCAAGGUACCAUCAAAGCUUGGGAAACCCAAGUUGAGUUUGUUCUCAAAGACUUUUAUAAUUCCAUUCAAAAGCAACGUCUCCCAUUAUACAACGCCCCCGUCGAACCCGAGGGCCUCGCUCCUCCUUCAAGCUCUGGCAAUGUUCUACGCCGCAGUCCCAGUGUUCUCAGCAAGACAGGCUCAGAUGUCAUUCCUCGCGGCCGAUCUGCCGAUUCGAGAGUUACCACGGGAAGAUGGACAUCGAAGCCACGGUCACGCGCCAGAUUGUAUCCUCCGUCAAACAUGGGAUCAAGCCGUACCAGUUUGGAUGACCAAUCGUCUAUCUGGAGUCCGUCAGGCUCGAGUACAUGGAGCAAGUAUUCGCUUGGAAAAACGCUUACUUCUAUGUCUGUGGACUCUUUUGGCUCUGAAUACCCACGCGGCGGCGGUUAUCAACAAUCAAUCGGGUUUGCAAAUGCCCUCAGCCACGCAAUCAUCCGCGAGGACUCAGCACACUCCAUCACCAGCUUCGACGACCCUGAAGCAAGCAAUUCACUACUAGAAGACGAAACCCUAGAACUUGCAGGCGCCCCGUGGGCCAAAGAAGGAAGCCUCAAACAUAAACAGCAUUUGGAGGCUGUUGACAAGCGUGCCAAGGACCGUAACUGGAAUGAAUGCUUCGCCGUUAUCCAACGAGGCUGGCUCCGCCUGUUCUCCUUCAACGCCAAGUCGAUGCGGAUAAAGGCCAAACAGCGCCAAAACGGCGGCGGGGUCGUAGGAGGAGGCAACUGGAUGGAAAACGCAGAAGAGGUUUGGAAAUUCCUUCUUCGCCAGACCAUCGCCAGCGCCCUGCCUCCACCAGGCUACUCCAAGUCUCGCCCACACGUCUGGGCGUUGAGUCUACCCACAGGCGCCGUCCAUCUCUUCCAAGUCGGCACAGCUGAGAUUGUCAGGGAAUUCGUCACAACCGCCAAUUACUGGAGCGCGCGACUCUCCAAGCAGCCGCUGGUCGGCGCCAUCAGCAACAUGGAAUACGGCUGGGGCGACGGGGUCAUCAAUAACGCACUUAUCCACGUCGACAGGCGCUCCCCUCCACCCACUUCUGCUUCCGCCCCUCCUCGCCCCAGCAUCCAAAGCUCGAUCCGCAGCUCCCUCGACCAACAAGGCAGCAUCCGCGCCAAACUCCCCGCCGACCGCGUACACCUAAGCGACUGGACCCCUCCUCAACAAACCAUGAACGCCUCUACGCUCAGCGAAUCCGAACAGCUCACCGCUCUACAAAACUACGUGAAAAACGUCGAAGAAGACCUUCAAAAACACAACGAACUCCGCUCUGCCAUGUCCCUCGCCUUUUCUCCCCGCCACCCCAAUGCAACCAAAGCCCUUUCAAACUGGGAGCGCAAAUCAUCAUAUUUGCUGCGCGAAAUCGUCAAGUUCCGUACUUAUAUCGACUGCUUGCAGGCUGCGAAAGUACAAAAGGAGAAAAUAUACGCCUCGCGGAUGGAAGACGAGGCUGCUGCGCCUGAAGAGUAGAUGAUGUAUUUAACGAUGCACUCAAUGUCUGUUAUUUGCUUCUUGUACAUAUAUAUCCGCAUUAUAUACCUUUGAUACCGUCUACGAAUGUAGUUCGGAGACGCCCUACACGACCCACUGAUGAAAAUUUUCCUAUUAUACAGCUUUUUACUAGCUAUCAAACUUUGAAUAUUGAAUUGAUGUAUUAAAUUGGCUAUAUUAUCAAUAAUCUUUGACGAGUGCAUGUAUAGUUAUACGUAACAUGGAAACUGUUCUGUACAACGAGUACAAACAAGCAGUGACGUGAAAAAU